GAUUCCAAUUCGUCGAGGGAAAAAAUACCUUAGAUAGGCGAAUUUUACACGUUGGAUGUCGCGUUAAUUUAAUAUGUCGAUUCAAUUUUUUUUCCUACCUUGAUCAACGAUAAAAAUAACCAAACAAGUUUCAGCCGCGCGUAAUACGAGUCAUUUGUUUAACUAAUAAAAAUUAUCGCUUUCUCUACAUUUCAAAGUUUCACCGUGAUAAGAAUAUAUGUACGCUAGACUUGCUAACGUACAAUAUGCUAAACGCUCGUUAGUAAUAAUGUUCUUUUUAAUAUUUUUUAAAAGUAAUUUUUUCACAAAUAAGUUCUACGUUCGCACCACCGAAAGGUAUUUUUGUAAAAAUGAAUUACUCGAAAAUGGAAAUAGAUACCCUCCAGAAGGAGGGAGAUGGCAAAGGGAAAAAUUCCAAAUACUUGCUCGGCAUUGAUAUGGGAACUACUUCGGUUAAAGUCACCGUAAUUGAAGAAAAAACUCGUAAAAUUGUCGCCGAAUGUAGCAAACCUACGGAAUCGUACGAAGUACAAAAUGAAAUCAAAAGCGAACAAGAUGUGGUGAGAAUAGUCGAAGCAUUGGAUCACUGUAUGGAUAAGAUACCGAAGAAAAUCCUCAAGCAGAUAAUAGGUAUUGGAAUCUGCGGCCAACAACACGGUCUGGUUUGCUGGUCAUCAGAAAAUAAACCUUGGAAACCGAAGAAACAAACAUUAAAAAUCGACAAGCACAAGGUGUCCCCACAUUACACAUGGCAAGAUGGUCGCUGCAGCCCAACAUUCCUUAGAUCAUUACCCAAAGAAGAUUCACACCUUUCAAUUCACACCGGAUAUGCUUGUUGUACGUUAUUUUGGCUUCAAAGAAACAGCCCAGAAACUCUACAAAACUUCAAUUGCGCCGGAACGAUCGCAGAUUUCACCGUAUCAAUGUUAUGUGACCUAGAUAAACCAUCAAUGACGCCGCAAAAUGCCUCCAGUUGGGGUUACUUUAACACCUAUGAUAAUACGUGGAACGUGAAAAUCCUGCAAAAUGCCUCAUUUCCGGUGAGCCUGCUUCCAACCAUUGUCCAAACGAAUACCAUCGCUGGAUACUUGAAAUCCUCCUGGCAUCUGAUUCCUGCUGGUACACCGGUUGGUGCUGCGUUGGGUGAUUUGCAGAGCACGGUCAGUGCAGUUUUGCAUGAUUCGAGUCACGCUAUGAUUAAUCUUUCGACGUCUGCCCAACUCGUAUUUAUAGAAAAUGAUUUUAAUCCGAAUGAAGCGCAAGAUGACCAUUCGGCGGCUGUGAAAAUUGUACCUUACUUUGAUAAUAAGUAUUUAUACGAGGCUGCUUCACUGAACGGAGGCAAUGCUUUGAAUUUGCUCGUAACCAAUGCCCACCAAUGCCUUAAACAGUAUGGUAGCUCUAUUAAAAAAGACACUUUAUGGACCAAACUGAUCGCAGCAGCUUGUGAAAAAAACGCCGAAACGGAUUUACAAACGAUACCAGCCUUUCUGGGAGAACGUUUUGAUCCCAAUUUAAGAGCCAAUAUUACCAAAAUAACCCCAUCUAAUUUCAACUUAGCGUCGAUAUUUCGUUCAUUUUGCAAAGGUAUCAUCGCAAGUUUCCACGACAUUUUACCCGAAAGUUCGCUAAAAAGACGCGGAAUUUGUAAAAUAAUCGGCACAGGUUCGGCUCUGCUUCGCAAUAAAGCACUUCAAAUGGAACUCGAGUCCCAAUACCAUCUACCAGUAGAGUACAAGAAUACCGGCGAUGCUGCUUUAGGAGCAGCUUUAUCUAUACUCAAUACUCUGCAACCAAAAUUGUUAUCACAAACGGACGAGCUCGUAACAGAAAAUAAUUUAUUAUAACAGAAAGUUUUACAGCUCGUAGACUCGUUCUCUUAUUAAAAACAAUAAUAAAGAAAUGCAAAAUGAAGGAAA